AUGUCCCCCCUUGAGGCAUUACAGUGUCCAUCAAUUUGGUCCCGAAGUCCCAAGCAUUUCCUAUGGCUGGAAUGCGUGCAGGACCCAGCUUGCAAUCCUGCACUACAAUGAAAACUCUGACCACUACAAAGCUGUCACGCAACAGGGCAAUCCACGUUUCACUGUGACCACAUUGAAGGCACAGAAGGAACACGCCACAGCACGUGAAAAGAAAACGAAUCCUACGCAUGAGUAUGUUGGAAAGCUAAUCCAGGAAAUGAUGGCCAGCAACAAGCAGUACACAUUCCUCAAUGAGGUAGCAAUGACCAACAAGCACUUCUUUUCGGCGCCCACGCUUGCCACCUUCACGAGGCCUUCUAAAAGGGAACUUGAAGAAGGUCCCGGUUCGGCCAGGAUCCAAACAGCCAACCUGGGGAUGAUUUCCUAUGACGCCACUCCGAAGUGCAAUGUGGACGAUAGCAGCGCUUCGGAGUCGUGUUCGUGUUCUGAGGACGAGCAGGCGGCCAUGUUCGAGGACGAAGAAGGCGUCCUCGAGGAGACAGGGCGGAUCGGCAACACCGACUGGUGGGUGAUACGCUGUUUAUUUUACCACUGUAUGUGUCAUUUACGCCUGCUCUCUUUUUUUUUUCUCAAAGGUGCCAUGCGGAUGCUGCGCGCAGAUGCCGACAGCUGACGAGUGCGUCUGCUGCCGCGAGUACCCAGCCGCAGCCUCGAGGCAACCCGACUGCCUAACAGGCAACCCGCAUUUCGAGACAGUGUGCUUGAAUCCGGGGGUGCUGGAGGUGACCUACCUCACGAUCCGCACUCUACCGCCACGAGGGAAUGGGCAUAACAACGCACGAGUGAGUUCAACGCCGUAAUUUGCUGUUCGGCGAACUUGCAAACGGGCGCCAGCAGUAAAACGUUAUCCGUUUCAGUGAGCGUUAUGCACGUUACUUUUCAAUGUGAAGUCGCAUUAGUGGUUGCAUCGCAUGUUUUACUUGCGUUUCGUGCCAUGUUUCUUUGUGAAGUUGUAUGUCAUCAGAAAGUAAAAUGUUCAAAACCUCGAUUGCUGCAUCAGUAUCUCUUGCUUCAGAACGAGUUUCUGAGAGCUGGUUAGUUCCAGUUUAGCCUACCCCUAAUAUUACGUUCACACUAUGCACCCAACGAGCAUAACUUUUGCAACAAACAUCAGCGCAACGUGCAUAAACGCUACGUUCAGGGUACACUGUUGAACGCAGCGUUCACACCCAUUGGAGUAGUGCGCUCAAGUUUUACCUCUGACUGCUGCGCCACUCGACCCCCCGUGGGAUGCCUCCGAAGUUUUGGUACAGCCAUUUUCUCCUCAGUAGCAGCGACAGCAGUGGUAGCAGCUAGAUUGACACAAUCUGGAACUUGCUCUGCUCCUCGGGUUAUUUUAAAUAGGUUGCUGCUCGAGGCACGAGGGCACGUUGCAGCACUUUUUUAGAGCGCAGCUCUUAGGGGCCCGUUUC